GCGAGGCAAACCCUGGUAGCCUGCUUUCCGACGACAGCGCAGCACCUGCAACGGAAACACAGAGAAACCUGAAGGGUUGAUAUCAACGCUUGUGUUGAAAAGGAACGGCGAAAGCUUUGUAGAGUUGCAACCCGAGGACAGUGCUCCACACAGCCCGCGAAGAACAGCAGAGAGGGCUAUCGAGCUCAGCACCUGGACGUUCACAACAACCGCACCCUACCUCCACAGCAGGUAGAUAAAAAUGUCGGAGCUCAGCAACGUGGCGGGAGCAGGGCAGAGCGUCCCCGCCGACCUUCGAGAGGAGGUCCUGUCCGCCUCGACAACAAACGCCGGAGGAGGCGGGUUCGACUUCGAAAAUCACCACCGCAACGCCCGCAUCGCGGCAGAGCUCGCCAAGUCGGGCAAGGAGGGGACCUUGCCCCGCGCAAAGCUCACGGGAACGACGAUCUGCGGGUGCAUCUACAAGGGAGGCGUUGUCCUGGGCGCGGACACGCGCGCGACCGGCGGGACGGAGGUCGUGGACAAGAACUGCGAGAAAAUCCACUACCUGGCGCCGAACAUCUACUGCUGCGGCGCCGGCACCGCCGCCGACACGGAGAAGACUACCGAGAUGAUUUCGGGCCAGCUGGACUUGCUGCGUCUGUCCACGGGGACCCAGUCUCGAGUCGUGACCGCGUGCACCAUGCUCAAGCGCAUGCUCUUCCGCUACCAGGGGUACGUGUCGGCAGCGCUAGUCCUGGGCGGCGUUGACGUGACGGGGCCGCACUUGUACAACAUCUACCCCCACGGUAGCUCGGACAAGCUGCCAUAUCUCACCAUGGGGUCGGGAUCGCUCGCAGCCAUGUCGGUGUUCGAAACAGGGUUUAAGGAGGACAUGGAGGAGGCAGAGGCGGUGGAGCUCGUGAAGCAGGCCAUCAUGGCGGGCGUGUUCAACGAUCUUGGCUCGGGUAGCAACGUGGACGUAACGGUCAUUAGGCCCGGGGGGGAGACCGCCAUCUUCCGGGGGUUGGAAAAGCCGAACGAGGUGUCGGAGCUCAGGAAGACGGUGGAGCGCCCGGCGGCGAUCAAGGUACCGAAGGGGGCAACCGAGAUCCUAGCGUCCAAGUUCCAGCCGCUGUCGUCUCUGGUUACCGUGGAAGACGCGCCGCAGCCCAUGGAAAUCUAGUGUGAUAUUUUUUGUUGUUGUUUGUUUUCUCGGUGACGACCAUGCGUCCUGGGGGGGGGCGGGGGGCUAGGUCCCACAUCGCUUCAGAGGAGCAAGCUAAUACUGCUCCACACUGUUGCCGUAGAUGGGUGAUAGGGUGGGUGGCGUCGCAACGGUGGUGUUCGCCAUUUUUUCUGGGUUCUCACUUUUUGUGGAGGCUCGCGGUUUGUCGAUGCUGGGCAAGGCCACCGAGACAGCAGGCACGAUGUCGAUCGUUGUUUCGUUGGCGAUCAAGAGCUGAGGGAGUGUUGCCGGCGCUUUGAUGGUUGAGUUGUCGCUCUCCCAAGACGGGUCUCGGUUUGCGGGAUAGGAUUGAUUCCCUUUGUCGGAAAAACGUCCGCUUCGUUCCAUCCUUGCUUUGUUUUGGCAAGGUGUGGCCGGGAUAAUACGAUCGGAAUCCAGAAACCAACCAAUCCAAAGAAGUUUCGCUU